AUUGAGAGGAUUCUCCAAGCUUUCUCCAUUCACCUUCAUCGAAGACUGGCAUUCUGGAAUUAAGAGCACCUAUUUAUUCUUCACUUUUGCAGUCCCUGCUAUCUUCUGAGGGAAACAAGGAGGCACCUUCUUCACUUUCAUCAGCUUUUGUCUUUCUCCCUGCAGAACACAGCCUUCUAACAAGAUGAAACCUGCCUUCUUUCUCCUGCUCAUCCUCAUCCCCCUUCUAGCACUGAUGUCCCCUGGCCAUGCUGACUGCGCCUUAGACUCCAUUGUGGACAAGAAAAUAAAGGAAUCUCUUACCUCAUUAGAGCUUGGAUUUCAGGCUCUCCUUUCUUGUACAAGUGUGACCACUAGAGGCACACUGGCCACUUGCCCAGCAGGGUUUAUAGUCACUGGCUGUGCCUGUGGUUAUGGCUGUGGCUCCUGGAAUGUUCGAGGGGACAACGUAUGCCAUUGUCAGUGCUCAGGCAUGGACUGGACCAGUGCUCGUUGCUGCCAAUUUUCCAAAUGAGAGGAAAGUGGGAACAUGGCCAGGCUUGACCUUGAUUUGCUGACCUUGAAUAAAAUCAUGAUCCCACAAUUCAA